AUGGAAAAUAAUGUAGCAUAUUGCUUAUUGGCGGAAUUUGAUAUAGACCAAGGUUCUACGCUCUCUCAGCAGUAUCCAUUUCCAACCGGUACAGAUGAGCACUUACUCGCUGAUCUCAUGAUUCCAGAGGGUGCUCACGAUCAAAACGAAGAUUGGACAAUAUUCUUCCUCAAUCAGACACCUGCAAAUACAAUCGCUCCUCCCUUGGAUUCAGAGGCUCCUACACCGUUCAUAAAACAUAGGAGAACUUACUCAAAGGUGCUCGACCAGGAAGUCAACCCUAAACCUCAGCUUCUCUAUGUCUUGAAUUUGGUGAGAACAAAAAAGGAUGAUACAGUCCCAAGAGGUGCUCUUGUCAAGGCUCUGGCUAUAUGUUCAAAACAACCGUAUAUUCAUAUUUACAAACCAAUUCUUCUCCUAGCACUUGAAGACUACUUCCAGUCAGGCUCACCUUCUAUCCUUUCACGUCUCUACGAUGCUAUAAACAAUAUCAACUUCUCCUUAGUACCCCCAAUUUCACGUUCAGAAAAGUCAAUCCUCAGAGCUGCACCAGAUCGCAAGGAUUUAUUCGCUGAGAAAUGGUCUCACUCUUACUUCAAGCGUCCAUCUGAUGACUCAGACGUAUUGAGCUCCGCUUUUGAGGAUGACUUAACUGGCAAUAGGCGUUCAUCAAGCAAUUCAAAGACGAAUAAUUCUUUAGAAGAGGAAUUCGAAGAAAAGUUGAAGAGAACCAGCCUUGGUUUCUCUGAUCCACUUUCAGAAAGCAUUGGGCAUCAAUCUUACUUAGAGACUAUCCCAGUUGACACACAUUAUUACAAGACUACCAUUGGCUAUGUCAAUGUCGAUUACAAGAAAAUAUCCCUUCCGACGCGUGUACCUUUAGCUACAUUUGAUGAGGAAAUUGGUGAUUAUUCCAUAAUAAACCUCAUUCAGACAUUCUCUGCUCAUCCAGUUCCAUCAUCACCUAUGCAUCCUCACUUGCAUACUAGUGGUGCAUCCACACAUCCAAUUAUUCUCUUAUUUAAUGCUCUGAUAACACAAAAGCGCGUAGUAUUUUUGGGUUACGGUAAACCAGCAAGUUUGGUUACGAAUUUUGUACUAGCUGCUUGCGCCCUUGUCAGUGGUGGUGGUGGUGUUCUCAGGGGAUUCAUUGAAAGAGCGUUCCCUUAUACCUGUUUAAAGGAUCUGGAUAACUUCCUAAUGAUCCCUGGCUAUAUUGCAGGAGUAACGAAUCCUCGUUUUGAGGACAACCACGCAUGGUGGGACGUCUUAUUUAACAUAAACACAGGUAAAGUUACGGUUUCGAGCCAAAUAGAGCCUGUUCAUCAACUCAAACACAAUAUACUUUCAUCACCUUCACCAAUACCGACGUAUCAAACAUUAAAUAAUGGUAUAAGUAGUCAACACACUUCUCUGAGUACUCCUAUACCUUCAUCCGUGAUAAUGAAUCAAUCGUCAUCAUCUAAUAGCGUUAACCACCAGUCUAUGCAUUCAAACAACCAUGUAUUAAGUUCUCCACCAUCAAGAUCAAAGCUUGGAAUAUCGGAUAGCUUUUCUAGUGCAAUGUCCAAUGCCUCGGAUGAUGCUUCCAUAACCACGAACCAGAAAAACGAAAAUAAUCAUCGCGAAUCUUCGGAUAACAUUUUUAUGAAUGAGAUUAUGGCGCUUAUUAAUGAACACUAUGGAGAAGCACAUAUAAGAGCACGUUUCGCAGAUCUGGUUUCGUCAUUCGUAAAAAUAGCUUCGAGGUACGAGGAAGAAACUUCUCCCAACGGUCAGACAUCAAUUGGUUUCCCAUCUCAACCUUUCUCGAAUGGUCAACUUGGAAGUGGAACAGUUUUCACUGAUGAAAGUAACCGUGUUCGUGAACUUUCUGCAAAUGCUUUCCGGAUUGAAGGCUGGCAAGAAACAGCAACAUAUAAAAAUUAUGUGCAUGAUUUCCAACAAUACCUGAAAACUCGUGCUAUAAAAGAUAUUGAUAUUGCGCAUCAAAUUCAUAGACUCAGAACUGCGAAAGGUAUGAAUCCAACUGAAGCACAUAUAAUUUAUCGUAGUUUGGCACAAAAUACAGAAACCUAUGAGCAAGUGGUAGAGAUUAUUGAGCAAUUAUCACCGCAUCUUGAUGGCCUAUUACCACUAGGUUUCGGGUUGUUACAUCCUCAUAACUCUGUAAGAGAUGCAGCAAUGGAUUUCUUUAUUAAGCUUCAAUCAUACCCGCUGGGAAGUCUUCAGUUGAGUACGUUGAACGCUUUCUAUAGACUUGCCUUGAUGAGGCAAAUUGAUCACCGAUAUGGACAACAAUCAGCGCAACAGGUACUUUAAAUAAGAUUUAUGUGUAUUUAUAUAUUGUACUAAUAGUUUAGUAAACAAAUUAAUCUGUUUUCUG